AUGGAGGCCGCUUCAAACCUUGGAAUGAUCGCUUCCGGCAAAUACGUAUUCUUCUAUUUGCACAUCACUGCUAGCUUCGAUUCCGAAUUCACUUGGCAGACUCACAAUACCUCAGAACAAACUCGACUGAACUCGUUGCAUGCCUAUUCCGCACUCAAGAUAGUUGCACUACGUUCCCCUCCUCCGCACAUGUUCAAGCACUUCGCGGAAAAUGUUCGAAAGCUGGCUGAGCAAGAAUGGAAUUAUAGCGCGAUUGCAGGCAAACCAUAUACAGUAUGGCAAUUGAGCCAUUUGCCAUCGUCAGUCAUCUUGAAUCUGCGUAUGACCGUUUGCGUUUUAGAUCAACAGCUUCGUGACGGCGUUUUACGAUGCAAUCCUUCUGUACGCGACGGCGGUGAACGAAACAAUGGCACUGGGGAUGAGUGCCAGAAAUGGGAUAGAAGUUACGAAGCGCAUGUGGAAUCGUACUUUCGAAGGUUAAUACAUGAAGUUGCGUAUUCUGUUGGCUCCAAAGGAAAACUCUUCAACAUUGGUAAAUGGCACUGGAUCGGUGGUGUUCCUCCUCCAGAUGAGCCCAUCUGUGGAUACGACAAUUCACUAUGCCCCACGAAAGAAAUGCCUCCCUGGAUGUUGGCCCUCAUCUUUCUUAGUGCUACAUCGACGAUAUUUGGUGUAAUGUCUUUCUUCAUAUUCCGGCAUUUCAAAAUGGAGGCUGAAUUGAAUGCAAUGACAUGGCUGAUAUGCUGGAGUGAAAUCUGUGGCGAAGAUAAAGGUGUUCAGCAUCGUAAGCGGCGGGACAGUCACUUUACCUGGUUGCGAGAUCAGAAGCUACUACGGAACGCGUCUUCGCAGUCUUUGCAAAGUGUUGGGUAUGCUUGGAGAAUUAUUUUGCAGGCGAAAGACCUACAGUUCGAUCACAUUACUCGCUUCGUCGGUGCAUGCAUUGAAUAUCCUCACUAUUGCGUUGUGACCGAAUAUUGCCCAAAGGGAAGCCUUCAGGACAUUUUGGAAAAUAGUGGUAUUCAGCUGGACAAGAUGAUGAUAUUCUCGCUGGUUCAUGAUAUCGUUAAGGGCAUGUGUUUCAUUCACUCGUCAGAUAUUCGCGUGCAUGGCAAGCUGAAAUCUACCAAUUGCCUGGUAGACAGUCGAUUUGUUCUCAAAAUCACAGAUUUCGGUCUUGUGUACUUGCACGCUCUCGAAGACAAGGUCUACAAUGAUGAUUCUGAUGACUGCUGGAAAAGAAAAUUGUGGACAGCGCCGGAAUUACUGCGUGAAGAUAGUCCGCCUGGUACGGGUACCCAGAAAGGUGAUGUUUAUAGCUUCGGCAUUAUUCUUCACGAAAUGUUUUUCCGCAGAGGGGUGUUCUUUGUCGAUGAUGAUUCGAUAUCUCCUAAAGAAAUAGUCGAACUGGUUAUGCUUCGACAGCAACCGUCUUAUCGACCUAUGCUGCUGGAUUGCAACAUAAGUGAAACUGCUCUCAAUCUCAUGAUUCGUUGUUGGUCAGAGAACCCUCAAGACCGUCCAGAUUUUGGGACUAUCAGGAAGAACCUACGAAUGCUCACAAAAGAUUAUGUCUCCAAUAAUAUUGUUGACAACUUGCUGAAGCGCAUGGAACAGUACGCGAAUAAUUUGGAAUCGCUUGUUCAAGAAAGAACCGCCGAUUACUUGCAGGAAAAACAGAAAGCUGAAAAUCUGCUAUACCAGCUGCUGCCACAGAGUGUUGCGCUACAGUUGAUUCAAGGCGAGGCAGUGACCGCAGAAGCGUUUGACUCUGUCACCAUCUACUUCAGCGACAUUGUCGGCUUUACAGCGAUAUGUUCUGAUAGUACGCCAAUGCAGGUGGUUAACCUUCUAAACGAUCUGUACACGUGUUUCGAUUCGAUUAUCGGCAAUUUCGAUGUGUACAAGGUAAGAGUUGCAGAAACUGCCUAUUUAAACCCUCCUGGAAAAGGGCAGCAUUGUACUACCUUACACAGCCAAACGGCGUAAGU